AUGUUUACCGCGUGUCACAUCAGCGCGUGGGUGUGGGUGUGGCAACGGAUUGAACUGACCUCGUUUCUCUCUCUCUCUUUCCAGAUCCCGCAGAUCAGCUACGCGUCCACGGCCCCCGAGCUGAGCGACAAUACCCGCUACGACUUCUUCUCCCGCGUGGUGCCGCCGGACUCCUACCAGGCGCAGGCCAUGAUGGACAUCGUGACGGCCAUGGAGUGGAACUACGUGUCCACGCUGGCCUCGGAGGGCAACUACGGCGAGAGCGGCGUGGAGGCGUUUGUCCAGAUCUCCCGAGAAACCGGUGGUGUUUGUAUCGCGCAGUCCUUGAAGAUUCCAAGGGAGCCAAAGCCGGGGGAGUUUGACAAGAUCAUUAGACGCCUGUUGGAGACCUCCAACGCCAGGGCCAUCAUUAUGUUCGCUAAUGAGGACGACAUACGCCGCGUUUUGGACGCGGCCAAGCGCAACAACCAAACGGGCCACUUCCUGUGGGUGGGCUCCGACAGCUGGGGGUCCAAGAUCUCCCCCGUCGUCGGCCAGGAAAGGGUGGCGGAGGGAGCCAUCACCAUUCUUCCCAAGCGGGCUUCUGUGGACGGUUUGGAGAAGGUGGGCCGCGACUCCAGCUACGAGCAAGAGGGCAAGGUGCAGUUCGUGAUGGACGCCGUGUACGCCAUGGCCCACGCGCUGCACCACAUGCACCGCAAGCUUUGCCACGGCUACCCGGGCCUGUGCCCGCGCAUGGCCAACAGCAUCGACGGCAAGGAGCUGCUCGGCCACAUCCGCGCCGUCAACUUCAACGGAAGUGCCGGCACGCCGGUGGUUUUCAACGAGAACGGCGACGCGCCGGGAAGAUACGAUAUUUUCCAGUACCAGAUCACCAACGGGUCCACGGCCGAGUACCGAGUCAUCGGCUCCUGGACCAACAAACUGAACCUCAAGGUGGAGGCCAUGCGCUGGAAGACGGGCGACCCGUCGCUGCCGGCCUCCGUGUGCAGCCUCCCGUGCCGCGCCGGCGAGAGGAAGAAGGUGGUGAAGGGGGUCCCCUGCUGCUGGCACUGCGAGCGUUGCGAGGGCUACCACUACCAGGCCUCCGAGUUCAUGUGCGAGCUGUGUCCGUACGAAAUGCGCCCGGACGCCAACCGCACGGGCUGCGUGGCCAUCCCCAUCAUCAAGCUGGAGUGGAACUCGCCGUGGGCCGUGGUGCCGGUUUUCCUCUCCAUGCUGGGCAUCAUCGCCACGUCGUUCGUCAUCGUCACCUUCGUGCGCUACAACGACACGCCCAUCGUGCGGGCCUCGGGCCGCGAGAUGAGCUACGUGCUCCUCACGGGGAUCUUCCUGUGCUACGCCAUCACCUUCCUGAUGAUCGCCGCGCCGGACGUGGGCGUGUGCUCCCUGCGCAGGAUUUUCCUGGGCUUGGGCAUGUGCUUCAGCUACGCGGCGCUUCUCACCAAGACCAACCGGAUCCACCGCAUCUUCGAGCAGGGGAAGAAGUCGGUCACGGCGCCCAGAUUCAUCUCCCCGGCCUCCCAGCUGGUCAUCACCUUCUCCCUCAUCUCGGUCCAGCUGCUGGGCGUGUUCUUGUGGUUCGCCGUGGACCCGCCGCACACGGUGGUGGACUACGGCGAGCAGCGGACCCAGGACCCCAGGGCGGCGCGCGGGGUCCUCAAGUGCGACAUCUCGGACCUGUCGCUCAUCUGCUCCUUGGGCUACUCCAUCCUGCUGAUGGUCACGUGCACGGUCUACGCCAUCAAGACGCGCGGCGUCCCCGAGACCUUUAACGAGGCCAAGCCCAUCGGCUUCACCAUGUACACCACCUGCAUCAUCUGGCUGGCCUUCAUCCCCAUCUUCUUUGGAACUUCUCAGUCUGCGGAGAGGAUGUACAUCCAAACCACCACGCUGACCAUCUCGCUCAGUCUGUCGGCGUCCGUCUCCCUGGGGAUGCUCUACAUGCCCAAAGUCUACAUCAUCCUCUUUCACCCCGAGCAGAACGUUCCCAAACGCAAGCGCAGCUUCAAGGCCAUCGUGACCGCCGCCACCAUGUCGGGGAAACUGUCGCAGAAGGGAGGCGACCGGCCCAACGGCGAAGUCAAGACGGAGUUGUGCGAGAGCAUGGAGACCAACACUUCAUCUAAGACCACGUACGUCAGCUACAGCAAUCACGCCAUCUGAAAAAAAAAACAACAAAAAAAAAAACAAACGCCGCACAAGACUGAAGAAGCGAUCCAAGCAUGAAGACAUUUCACAUCAGGGAAGAAAAGGGGCUUGCUUUCCUGUCGCUCACGUAACUGUAAGGAAGGGAGGGGUGGGGG